AUGGGGCUGCCAGCUCGGCUUGGCCGGCCACCGGGAGAGCGCCCGCCCCGGAAGCAGUGGGGCAGGCGGGAGGCACAGCCCGUGGCGCGGCAUAGCCAGCCGUGGGCGAGGGAUGCACCCCCCCUGCUGCCUGUAGGGCGGGCGAAGAUGGGGCUGCCAGCUCAGCUUGGCCGCCGGAGCACCCGCCUCGCUAAACCAGCCGGGCAGGCGGAAGUGGCCUUUGGAUUGUACUUUCCCAGGAAGGAAUACCAGGAGAACAUCUACGUGGACGAGUCAGUGGGGACUCCUUUACUGCGCAUCCACGCCUUGAAGGACUCUGAGGAGGAGGAGGCCCACUUUGGGAUCUGUCCUGAUAUCAUUAUCCAGAGAGAGAUGCAUAAAAACCACUGGUUUCAAAUCCAAGAGAAUACCGGACUGAUCUCCCUCAACAGGAGUCUGGAGAAAGACUUGGAUAAAAUCCCUGUCGGAGGAAGUUGGGCGGCGUCAUCGAAACUGGCAUUCUUCGUUUUCCUGUCCUCCCAACCUUUGCAAGGGAACGAAUGUCAAACUGUGUCUCAGUAUCAUUUCUACGCCAGAUUGUCACAUCUGGCGUACGCCAAAGUGACGCUCUCCGUCAUCAACGCUACCAUGUCGUCUUGCCGUUCCCCGGCACUGAGCCAGCUGUGCUUUGCGGACAAGGACCUCUCUUUCCAAAUCAAGGAGAACAAACCAGCGGGACCCUUCCACCAGCUCCAGCUGCCUUCUCAGCAGCAGCCGUGCCAAAACAUCAGCAUUUCAUACAAGGUGAUAGCAGAUGAAUCGCUGCCCUUUCACUAUGACGGGAGCAGCAUGAGCGUCAGGGUGACGCAGUCUCUGGACCGGGAGUUGCGGGAGAAGUACGAGCUGCUGGCCCAGUGCACCGUGCGAGAGGGCGCCAAAGAGACCACCCAAGAGGUGCCCUUGCUUGUCACAGUGCUGGAUGAAGACGACAUGCCCCCUUUCCUUAUCAAUGGCACCAACGUGGCGGAGGCGGUUGUGGAGUUCAGCAGGAAAGAGGGCACUGUCCUAGCGACACUGAUGGUCUACGAUGCGGAUACCACCCCUAUUUUCCCUCUUGAGAGCAGCAGGAAGAAGUACACCGGCACGAUCAGCACGUCAGAUCCAUGGAUAAAAGAGACGUUUCGUGUGGAUCAUAAAUUCAAUGAGAUUUAUUUCAGCCCAAAUGGCAGCCAAGUGAGAGGAACCCAACACGAAUACAAACUGGUCUUAAAUAAAGUUGUUUCCAUUACUGAGAACCGCUCCUUCCAGCUAGAUGUUGUGGUUAAUGACACGGAAUACCAGGGCCCGGACAAAUACCUGAUGCUCCAUUUCAACGUCUCCAUCCUUCCAGUCAGCAUCCAGUUUCCAAAUACCACGUACCAGUUCACAGUGAACAGAAAUGCUGCCAACUUUUCACAAAUCGGAAAAAUCUGCAUCAACAACUGCAUGAGGUUUUGGGGCAUCAACGUCGUGUACAGCUUGCAACCGCCAAACAUCAGCUGCUAUGCGGUGAAGAUUGCGCAAAGCCACGAAGACAAGUAUGGACUCCUGUAUGUGAACGAUUCCACCGUGCUGCGAAGACCCGAAUGCAAAGAAGUCCAGUACCCUGUCCUAGCUGUGGAAAAACAGAGCAAGAAAGAAGCCCACACCUAUCUCACAGUUGUCGUGGAUGGAAAAAUUAUACUUAACGACGAAGGAUGCUUAGACUCGUGUGCCAGAAGCAAGUCUCGAGCCGAGUGUGUGGAGUGCGGGGGCCUCGGAGUGUUAAAGGGAAGGUGUGAAUGGAGAAAGGGAAGCGGGACAGGAAUUACUCCAAACUAUUCUACUUGCAGUCCAAGCAUCAGUACAUGUCCAGAUGGGAAAUGCGAUGCAGUUGAGAUGAAGGAUACAAGGAUUUGUCCUCAAGAUUGCACAAAGACCAACAUCGUUGGCGGCCACGAGAAAGGUCCUACUGGAAUCAAGGCCGGGAAUGGAAUUUGUUACUGCUUCCCAGAUGAAAAUUGUUAUUGCGAGAAAGACGAUAUAAAAGAGCCGUUGUGUGACGACAUGUGCAAAACCGUGAUCGCAGGGGGCAUCCUUCUCUCCUUCAUUAUUUCGGUGCUGCUUUCGUCCUACUUCAUCCAUCGUUACCACAAGAAUUCUCCCAAGCCGCCUAUUGCCUCAGCCGAAAUGACCUUCCGGCGCCCGGCUCAGUCCUACCCUAUCAGCUACUCAUCCACCAAUGUCCGGCGGCCGUCAAUGGACUCUGAGAACCAAGGGUCGGUAGAUGCCUUUAAAAUACCCGAGGAUCCAAAGUGGGAAUUUCCUCGGAAGAAUCUGGUGCUCGGCAAGACGCUCGGAGAAGGAGAAUUUGGAAAGGUCGUCAAGGCGACUGCGUUCAGACUCAAAGGGAAGGCUGGUUACACAACAGUGGCUGUGAAAAUGCUAAAAGAAAACGCUUCCCAGAGCGAGCUGAGAGAUUUGCUUUCAGAGUUCAAUCUUUUGAAACAAGUCAACCAUCCACACGUCAUCAAACUGUAUGGAGCUUGCACCCAGGAUGGGCCUUUAUAUUUAAUCGUUGAAUACGCCAAGUAUGGCUCCUUGCGCAGUUUUCUGAGGGAAAGCCGAAAAGUGGGGCCCAGUUACAUGGGCAGUGAUGCCAACAGGAAUUCCAGCUACUUGGACAAUCCCGACGAGCGGGCCUUGACAAUGGGCGACCUCAUCUCUUUCGCCUGGCAGAUAUCGCGUGGAAUGCAGUAUCUGGCUGAAAUGAAGCUCGUCCAUCGAGAUUUAGCAGCCAGAAACGUCUUGGUGGCAGAAGGGCGUAAGAUGAAGAUUUCUGAUUUUGGGCUGUCACGUGAUGUUUACGAGGAGGACUCCUAUGUCAAGCGGAGCAAGGGCCGGAUACCCGUCAAAUGGAUGGCAAUAGAAUCCCUUUUCGAUCAUAUCUAUACAACGCAAAGUGACGUAUGGUCCUUUGGAGUUCUGCUGUGGGAGAUUGUCACCCUGGGUGGUAACCCUUAUCCAGGUAUUGCUCCAGAGAGGCUGUUUAACCUCUUGAAAACAGGCUACAGGAUGGAGAAGCCAGAAAACUGCAGUGAAGAAAUGUACAAUCUGAUGCUACGCUGCUGGAAGCAGGAACCAGACAAAAGGCCGACGUUUGCUGAGAUCAGUAAAGAGUUAGAGAAAAUGAUGGUAAAAAGUAGGGACUAUUUGGAUCUUGCAGCUUCCACCCCCUCGGACUCCUUGCUUUACGAUGACGGGCUCUCAGAAGAGGAGACUCCCCUCGUGGAUUGUAAUAAUGCUCCCCUCCCUCGAACCCUCCCUUCCACAUGGAUUGAAAACAAACUCUAUGGCAUGUCAUACCCGAACUGGCCUGAAGAGAGCCCCGUUCCACUCACGAGAUGCGAUGGGCCUAUGUCUGUGUUUUCAAGAUAUGCAAAUGAUAGUGUAUAUGCUAACUGGAUGGUUUCACCCUCAGCGGCAAAAUUUAUGGACAAGUUUGAUAGUUAACAGUGUCUUGGUGAAAGGUAAAUGGACUCAGGAGGGGGAGUAGAUCUCCAAAGUGGCUUUCUCCUUGGCACAUUCUUUGUAUAAUAACUGGUUACGGCAACAGGAGUUCCUCCAACGGGGAACCGUUCCCCUAAUUUUCGGUAGUUCCUACCACGGCUUCCCCUACCCCUUUUUGUCGUGAUGAAUACUAUUGUUGACUCUCUCCCCUGUUAAAAGCAUAUCAAACUGGGUCACGUUACAGUCCCAGUGUUUUUUGGGCUCAUGCCAGUCUCUGGGUUGUCCAGUUUGGUACCUGUGCAUUACUUGUGGCCAAUGGACUUCACACUUACGGUGUUUCGGGCAACAGCCCAGGACUUGAGCUGCCGGAAAGGGAGUGGGGAAGGAAACCCUGUUGUCGCUUGACGAACUGCUGCUUUGGUGGUCGAUGCGAAGGAAAAGACCAAAUUGAGCGAAGCAUGAAGCACAAAUUAUACAGUGGGAACAAUUUGCUCCAAAAAAAAAUCCCUGAGUUUGCUCUAGAUUUCAAUGUUACCGUGUUGUUGGUAGUUAACAAGAGCGAUUCAGGUUGGUGUUGAGAGUUGACAUUAGAAAUUGUGGGAACCUGUAGAAAAAUAUAUUGCUCUGAAUACGAAAAGAGGGUUUUUUGUUUUCAAACCAGGGUUAAUCUGUUCUAACAUUUAGCACAAUGGAAAACUUUGAUACCAGAUAUGCUGUAUUAGAGUCUUGAUAAGUUUUAUUUUCAUUUGCGUUUGUUUUCGAGAUGUCUCAGAAUCUCCUCAGGAUGUUUCGAAAUGAGCUAAAAUGAAGGGAGCUGGUAUGGGGUUGCGACCAGUGGGUUUUCAUCUUCUCAGCUCAAAUUCUUAAUUUCUAUCAUACGUCGCGUAAAGCUGUCUGCUGCUAAAAUGUGAUGGACGAGCUGAGAAUCAGCCUCGAGAAAGCACGUUUCCUUACAGCCAAUUUCCCUCCGUGUCUUUCCUCGCCAUCCUUAAUUGUAGCUUAUUGACAGUAGUAUUAACCACAUUUAAGGUUAAAUUGGGUUUCCUGUAUCCCCAGAUCUGAAGCCCAUUCCAAUCUGCAUCAUUAUCCUUGGUUAACAUGAAAGGGAAGAAAGUCUAUAGUAGGAAGCAUGUGAUCCCGAGGGUGAUUCCCAAUUGGUUAAAACAGGCAGCAGCGUUUCAUUUGUGCCAGCGUCUGGAAAACAUGCAAUUGACACAACUCUGAAUCAUUUUCUCUUGCAAAUCAUCCGCAUACAAACUUUUCAUUCACUAUUGUUAAGUCUCUGUUCCUUUUUUUUUUUUUAAUGUGCUCACAUUUCUCCACAAGUACAGAAAAUGUGUCUGGAAUAUUUUUUUUUUAAAAAAGAGUAAAGCUAAUAAAGGAUAUGUUGUUCAACUUUGAUGUGGUGUUUUGGAAGACGGUCUCUUACGGAGCUUUUACGAGAUGAUUCACAGACCGGGAAUCACAUGACUGCAUUGUAUUGGUCAUUUCAUGAUGUCAAAAAGAGAGGAGGAUUUAAAAAAUAAAACGUGUUUUUUCUAAAGAAUGCCAGAACGGUCACCCAGUGUUCUUUUUGGGGGACUCUAGCAUAGUCAAAGAUUAUACCAAAGUAUUGCUUCUGCCUCUUCGGUUUCUGUUGUGUGGUUCUGUGUGUCCUCCGUUCCUUGUUUCCAUUAUUCCAGAAAUCCAUGAGUCAGAUUGCCAAACGCUGUAACCGUUCUCUUCAUGCAAGAGGUCCGGACACCUCGUUAGGAUUAAAAAAAAAUGGGUUGAAAGCAAACCCCUGCUCAGACUAAAAGGGAGCAGGGCAAAACUUUCUUUCUAUAAGCUAACUACUACUCUAGAUACUGUGUUUACAAAAGAAGAAGAAAACCUUCAUAUAACUGCCUACAGAGAUGUGAAACAGCCUUGAGUGUAUUGUAACAAGCAAUCAUCUCAAAUUAUAAUAAAAAAAUGUAAAUGGAA